AUGAAUGCGGAAAGUGUUUCAUCGUUAAACAUAAGUGAGCAAGAGCUACCGUGUCAAGUACGAGCAUGGCUAAGAACGCUACUAGUUCCCAGACGGAAACUCCGCUUUGCAACGUGGAAUAUUGGCUCUCUAACUAGACGAUGUAUGGAACUCGCAGACGUACUCAUGAGACGUCGGAUCCAAUGCGCUUUCCUUCAGGAAACACGCUGGAAGGGCGACGAGUCAUAUGACAUCGGGCAGGGCUACCAGCUUGUAUACACCGGGUCAUCCACAGGGAGAAACGGUGUCGCGGUAGUACUUUGUGAAGAGCUUCGGAAGAAUUUACUAGAAGUUGAUCAUCGCUGUGACCGAUUAAUGCGGGUUCGAGUACAAAUUGAGGGAGUUACUACCAACCUGAUCUGUGCUUAUGCGCCUCAAGCUGGCUGUAGUGCGGCCGAAAAGAAAUCCUUCUGGGAGCAGUUUGAAGACUUAUUACGCGCUGUACCGACGACUGAAGGGAUAAUUGUUGGAGGGGACUUCAACGGUCACGUGGGCAGGUCGGCUGAGAUAUACAAGGGUGUUCAUGGUGGCUUUGGUUAUGGUCGUCGCAAUGUGGAGGGCCAAAAGAUCCUAAGAACCUGUAGUUCGUUUGAUCUGGCCAUCGUGAACACUUUCUUCGCAAAGAAUACUCAACAACUUAUCACGUAUAAAAGUGGAUCCCACUCAACUCAAAUUGACUAUCUGCUGAUCAGAAGGUGUCAUAUCGGCAAGGUAACAAACUGUAAAGUCAUUCCAGGAGAAAGCCUGACGCCCCAACAUCGUCUUCUUGUCAUGGACUUAACGGACACGUCUAUAAGAUACAGUAAUCGCUUUCCAUCAGGCAAGCCAUACACUUGUUUCCCGAUGUAG